AUGAAGAAUCAAACCGAAUGCACAAAAAAAAUUGCAAAGGUCCCCACCAAUGGACAUAAAAACACGGACAACACAACUCGUGCAAUCAUUGUCCAUGAGAGUGUUAAGAAUGGCACUAGUCAGGUUGACAUUGCCAAAAAAGUAGGUGUAAGCAAAGACGUGGUGAAACGUGUUCUUCAGAGCUAUAAGAAAACGGGCACACAUAUGGCUGCACCACGUUCUGGCAGACCUUUGAAGUUGAAUGAAAGAGACAAGAGAGGAAUUAUGCUUCAGAUCAGUCGGGAUCCAACACAGCCAAUGAAUAAGAUUGCCAAAGCCUUGCCCACGCCUGUUUCUGACAAGACUUUGAGAAAGUUUCUUCGUAAUGUUGGAGUAUACUCUCCAAAGAUGAUUCAGAAACCAAAGAUUUCAGAAAUCAAUUCUAAAGGGAUUGCAAUGGAUCAAGGAACAUCAAUAGAAAACCAAUGAUUGAAACGUCGCCAUCUAGUCUGAUGAGUCCAAGAUUAAGCUCGAGGAAAGCGAUUGAUUCGGUUUAAAAGGGACUCUAUUAUUGUCCGAAGGUGCUUUUAUGGAAAGACUACCGGAGUUUUAGAUGGCAUGUUCGGAAAUGUC